AUGGACUUUAAUCAGGAAACUGGUUAUCAUGCUCCAGCACCUCAGAAGGCUACUUCUAGUACUAAUGGCCUAAUAAUAUCUCGCCCUUAUUCGCCCGUAAUUCGCAGUGACUCUCCUAUCGACAUAGACGGUUUAAGUUGGCCGAGCACUAAACAGCGGCUAAACGAGACUAAUGAACAAAAGGAGGAACGUAUAAAAAAACUUUCGGAAGCUGUUAAAACGAUUAUGGAAUGUAUCGGUGAAGAUCCUAAACGACAAGGAUUGUUGAAAACACCUGAAAGGUGUGCACAAUCGUUAAUGUUCUAUUCUAAAGGUUAUGAAGAGAGUAUUGAACAGAUCAUUAAUGGUGCGAUUUUCGAAGAAGAUCAUGACGAAAUGGUCAUUGUUAAAAAUAUAGACGUAUUCUCCUUAUGUGAACAUCAUUUAGUACCAUUUACUGGAAAGAUCAGUAUAGGUUAUAUUCCAAAUCGUCGUGUGCUCGGUUUAUCAAAACUUGCUCGUAUCGCUGAAAUGUUUUCGAGACGACUUCAACUUCAAGAACGUUUAACAAAACAGAUCGCUGUUACUUUGCAAGAAAUAUUAAAACCUCAAGGUGUAGCUGUUGUAAUGGAGGCAACCCAUUUGUGCAUGGUAAUGCGUGGAGUACAGAAACCCGGAAGCUCUACUACCACAAGUGUUAUGUUAGGUGUGUUUAGGGAACAGGCGAAGACUAGAGAAGAGUUUUUAACAUUGAUUAAACAUUAA